ACGUGUGUGUGUGUGUGAGAGAGAGAGAGAGAGAGAGAGAGUGUGUGUUUGCAGUUUGUUCAUUUCUUUUCACACUGCAAACGAACCGCCUUUUCUAUCGGAUAUAUUUCUUCACUUUUACCUCGACGUUUAACCUUGUUUCGGAGGGGAGUUUUUCGGUGGGGAAAAGGUCGAAGAGGAGGUUUAAGAACAGAAAAACAAGACUCAGAAGAAGAAGAAGAAGAAGGAGGAGGAACACACAAACCUGGAGGAGGAAAAGGGCGUUCAUACUUCGAAGUAACCAUGGAAGUUCCUGGUAUGCAGAGUACUCAGAUUGAUCCGGAGGAGUUGUUCACCAAAUUGGAUCGCAUUGGAAAAGGAUCUUUUGGGGAGGUGUUUAAAGGCAUCGAUAAUCGUACCCAGAGCGUCGUGGCCAUCAAGACCAUCGACCUCGAGGAGGCCGAGGACGAGAUCGAGGACAUCCAGCAGGAGAUCACAGUCCUCAGUCAGUGCGACAGUCCGUACAUCACCAAGUACUACGGCUCCUAUCUGAAGGGCAGCAAGCUAUGGAUCAUCAUGGAGUAUCUUGGCGGAGGUUCGGCGCUCGACUUGCUGCGGGCGGGUCCGUUUGACGAAGCUCAGAUCGCCACCAUGCUGAAGGAGAUCCUGAAGGGGCUCGACUACCUGCACUCGGAGAAGAAGAUCCACAGGGACAUCAAAGCUGCCAACGUCCUGCUGUCAGAACACGGUCAGGUGAAGCUGGCUGACUUCGGUGUGGCCGGUCAGCUCACAGACACGCAGAUCAAGAGGGAAACCUUUGUGGGAACGCCGUUCUGGAUGGCUCCUGAGGUUAUCCAGCAGUCUGCCUACGACUCCAAGGCUGAUAUUUGGUCGCUGGGCAUCACGGCCAUCGAGCUCGCCAAGGGCGAACCUCCCAACUCGGACAUGCACCCGAUGCGAGUGCUCUUCCACAUCCCCAAGUCUCCUCCGCCAACGCUGGCCGGCGACUUCUCCAAGAGCUUCAAAGAGUUCACCGAGGCCUGCCUCAACAAGGACCCUGCCUUUCGUCCAACAGCCAAGGAGCUCCUCAAACACAAGUUCAUCGUCAAACACUGUAAGAAGACGUCCUACCUCAGCGAGCUGAUCGACAGGUACAGGAGGUGGAGGGAGGAGGGGCACAGCGACAGCAGCUCUGAAGACUCCGACAGUGAGUCCAGUAAUAAAGAGAACAGCGAGUCUCCUGAAUGGUCCUUUACCACCGUCAGGAAGAAGAAGACGGAGGGCAGGAAGGUCCUGAAUGGAACGGGUCAGGAUCAGCUGAGUAAAUCUGCCAGUUUGACCACAGUCAUCUCCCCCAUCUUCACAGAGCUGAAGCAGCAGCACAAGGAGCACUCUGAGCAGCGAUUGGCCAUCGAGGAGCUGGAACGCAACAUCCGAUUGGCUGAAGAUGUCUGUCCAGGCAUCACAGACAGGAUGGUCACACACAUCAUUGCCAGGUUUACGACCAAGUGAAGGUCGGAUGGACGGAAAGCGGACGGACGUUAUGUGAGGAGAGAGAGAGACUGUGUCUCCGUAUGGCGACGCUGGUGGAGGAUGGGAAACGGAGGAGAUUUGCUGUGCGACGUCUCCUCGCUGUACACACACACACAAACCACACACACACACACACACACGCACACACUACCAAUGUAAUAUAUACACUAUAUAAUAUUCAUUCACUGCUGCUGGUCGAAGGCCUUUUCCCCCCGCGUUGGACUCAAAGACUUCAAAGUUUGAGUUGUCAUUCAGUUUUACUUUUCAGGUCCAUGAACGUCUCCUUCAGUCCUCCUUAAGUUUUGAACGAUUAAGCAGGACUCGGUUCAAAGCGAAGUCAUGCCUAAACUUCCCACGUUACCAUCAUGUGCCUUAAGUGUUUAUGCUAUCAGUCGUUUGUUAAAAGCGGACGUCCCUUCUGUCAGAACAGGAAGUGGAAAAGAGCCGUCGUCCAUCAGCAGUCGUACGCUUUGUGUCAUGACGUAGGUGUCUGUAUGUUUGUUCAGUAGCACUUGAGACAGAUUAUAUGCCAAUAUUACAGUUUUUGUUGUCUUCAGUAAUGCUUUACGUUACAGUUCCCUGAUCCCAGAAGAGUUCAAAUGACGAGAACGUUUCCAGGGUUAAAUCUUGUCAUUUUAGCCCCCGUUAGCAUCAAAACGAUCAGUCUGAAUAUGUGGUGCAAAUGGAGAAAUCUGUGUUUUUGGUUUCUGAGUUGACUGUUUUGUUCUGGGAUGUGUGUGUGUGUGUGUGUGUGUGUGUGUUUAGAAUAAAAAUUUCAGUGACGUAAAAAAGUACAUUUGAAAGUUUUCUGCGAUCAACUGCACGAAGUUGUUGCGGUCGCUCAGGAAAGGACGGCGUCCUCGCUCAGUAUGCAUCAAGUCUGGGAAAACGCUGAGGACCGUUUGAGUGACGUCGUUUUUAAUGCCCAACACGAUACAGCAGCACACGAGUGCAAAGGGAGCUUUAAUCAAAGGUAUUACUGAUGGUUUGAACCAAAGACACUAUAAAAGUUGGUUAUUGUAUAUUUUUUUGCCUUUUUAUAUAUCACAAGGGAUACGACGAUGCUUGUUGAGGGGGGGAUGUCAAAUGAAAGAUGUAAGAUUUUACUGAAAUGUACUCUUUUUUUUUUGUAGCGGGACUUAGAGUUUUAUGAAUAAAUAUUUAAGUUUGAUUGAGAAUCAA